UGCAGAGGCGAAUUUUGUGUGCACUUUCAAGAACCUGAAGCACACACACCAACUUCUACACCAGGCCUGACAAGUCCACCAAAUCAACAGGGGGAUUACUGCUUAUACUGCGCAAGUAGAGGAUGGAGGAAUACCACGUGUUCUGUGUUCGACGACAAACCAUUCUUGGCAUCGAUGUCAGUGCAAGACGUAACACUCAAGACCCAGGUGUCAAGGACACAAUGCAUGAAGAACAAAUGGGGUUUAAAUUAUGAAGCCGGGACAAUUUGGGUAGCUAAAGGUUGCAGGGGCGAAUUUUGUGUGCACUUUCAAGAACAUGAAGCAAACACCCCAACUCCUACACCAGACCUGACAAGUCCACCAAAUCAACAGGGUACAAAAGCUACACCAUUUCUUUCAUAUGCACAUUUUUCUAUUAACCUUUUCAAAAAAUACAAGUUAGGUAGGCAAUUGAAUUUGCUAACUUUAUUUAACAAAACAUUGAUA